GAGACACCUCGUCUGAAUUGCAAUCAAGCCCGCAAACGAGAGGGACGGACAGAACUGCUGUCGGCCGAGUCAGACACCUAUAUCUUGCCAAUGCUGCCUCCCUCCUUCCUUGAUAAUAUGAUGCUUUGAAUCGCGGCGGGCGUUGAUGCAAGAGGCUUCUCGAUUUGGCAGAAAGUUUUCGGCGCAGCGACGGUGACUGCAAGAGCUGCGUUUGCGGUUGAACGUUGCGGGCGGUUGGGAUGCGACUCGAACCUUGCCUCAAUUAGGUACGGUACCUGGGUCUGUACCGCAAGAAUGGAACGGCGCACAAGCUUGCAAUACUACGGACGAACGCAACAGAGAAAGCCCUUUUGGAAAGUGUCUGGGUUUACGAGCGGAUUGAUCCCCUCAAAGGAAAUCUUCACAGAGAAAAUAGGAAUCGCAGACAGCUUUGUGUUGGGUGAGGCGGCGCCUUGCUCGUAUUAUUUUUGUUCACCUGCAGCUCUGGAUCCUCUUCCAGGUUGUGUUGCCCAGAUGUGGUGUGGUUGCUGCAGCGCUGACGGUGGGAUCGGGGCCAUCUAUUUCCAGGCUUUUUGCCCUGUGUCCACUACUUACCCAGCAACCAACCCACCCUUCGUGCUCGGUGUCGAUCGUUCCAAGACGUCGGUCGGGCAGCUGGAUCAAAUGACAGCAAAUGGCUUUCAUACGGAAGUUGGACAAAAUGACUGGAAUCCGGCGUCAAAGCUGUUCGAAAGAGGCGCACUCAAUCAAUUUGUUGUUCCGCGCGAGGCAUUGUAGCCCGACAGGGCAAGGACGCGGCCUCCGAGACCACGCGCAUUUCUCUUUCACCUUGGUGGCACAAGCACCACGAAGUACUGUAUGAGCAUGAUAGCACACUACACAUGGAGAAAUUU